AAAACAAUUUAAAUUAAAUUUUGCACUGCGUGCGGGACCAAAACAUGGCAGAGGAGUAUCCAGGCGAAGUGAACGACAAGGACAAAAUUUUGAAUGGAGAUAUCGACAGUAACAGAGUCCCUCUACAUGAAGUACGCGAGAAAAAGAAAAAGAGAAAAGUGAGGAGGUCAAGAUCUAAUGAGCAUUUACCGUCUUCAGAUGCGGAAACUGGCGCAUACUUGAGGCAAGUUUCAAGCUAUAGCCAUGGCGAGCAACCUCGACAUGUUCAGCUGCCUCUUGAGCCUAUGGGGAGUCGUGAAAAACUUAUUCACAUUCACGAAGAGCUGAGUAAUACACAUCCUCCUCCACGCCCAGAAAUAUUGCGUGACGAAAAAGAUCUGAGAAAACUCGCCUUACAUUUAGCGAUAAGUAAAUCGAGCGAAGGGAAAAAUAACAGAUUUCUACAUCACGAUUACGUGUUAGUUCAUAGAACAGGCGACAACAGAAAUCUGCACGAGAAACUGAGAAAGAAAUACGAGUCCGGGCUUCAUGCACAAGGAUUCAGAGUGGAUCGCAAGUACACAGCGGAAAAUACGUUUGUUGUUCUGCAUUGUUCAUUUGAAAGACUUUGUGAAGAAGCUGAACAUGUGUCUUUGGAAAUGCCUCUAGCUGGGUACCUUGUACCAGAGUUGUCCAAAAACAGUGUGUGGAAACAGUUUUGGGAUCGUUUUCGAACUGAUGAUGAAGUUGAUUUUGUCAGUGCUCCAUUUUGUGUUUCAAAGUCGCACAUUUAUGAAGGAAUAGAGAAUCCUGACACGUUCUUUAGGCCUGCUCUUAGAUCAUUGUUGGUUCACCACAUUUUAACAGGUCUAGAUAUCAGAGACAAGGAAAGCAAGCAGCUUGGUCAAAAUGCACAAGGUUUGGGGUACAUGCUUAUUGAGGGAGCCUACACUGAUGCAUUUAUCCUUCAUGAGAAAUCUGAGUACGACUCUCAGUUUCCAUUGUCUGACACCGGCGAUGAUGACAGCUUCCUCCAUGGCCAGGAUAUUGCUGAUCCUCGCAAGGCCUUGAACGACACCUGGCUGAAACAUUUUAGAUAUCAGCCACUGUGGAAAAUAAGGAAUUACUUUGGGGAGAAGAUUGCGCUGUAUUUUGCUUGGCUUGGUUUGCUGAACAUGUCACUUGUUUUACCUGUGCUGCUUGGACUUGCUAUUUUCUUCUGGGGACUUGGCGUAGCUGUGGUGGAUAAUCCUAUGGACGAGCAGGAAAAUUCCACAGCAGUGUCAACCGUCACUCUUUGGGCCAAGAAUGCUUUUGACAAUGAUGCAACACCGUUCUUUGCUUUGAUUAUUUGCUUGUGGGGGACAAUAUUUUUGGAGCGAUGGAAACGAGCAAAUGCGCGGUUAUCAUAUCAGUGGGAUGUGGACACCUUUGAAGAACAGGAACCAAAUCGCCCUCAAUAUUAUGGCACAGUCAUGAAAAUGGACCCAGUGACAGGAGACGAGAUCUCGGUUUACCCAGUCAUAAGAAGGUUCUUCAAGAUGUCUGGCUCAUUUAGCGUCAUGUUAUUUAUGAUCUGCUUGGUGCUGGGCAGUGUUGUUGCGGUGAUAAUUUACCGAGUCAUUGCCAGGGAAGAUCUGUUCAAGAGCAGAGGAGAAGCUGGUUUACUGAUGGCCAGUGUUACUUCAACGUUUAUCAACACCCUCUCUAUCAUGAUCAUGGGAAAGAUUUACCAGAAGUUAGCAGUGUACUUAACGGACUGGGAAAAUCACAGAACGCAGACAUCGUACGAAGAUGCGCUCAUUAUCAAGCUGUUUGGAUUCCAGUUCGUGAAUUCAUACACUUCUCUCUUCUACAUCGCUUUCUUUCGCCAGGACACAAAGGAAACAGGCGUCAUCGGCAAAGGGGAGAAUUACAGCGACGAGUGUGGUGAGAACAACGACUGCAUGACACUGCUGUCACUUCAAGUCGCCAUGUUAAUGAUCAUGAAACCUGUUCCUAAGCUCUUCUCGGAUGUCAUUAAACCUUGGUUAAAAAACUUGUGGAGAAAGAAAUGUUGUAGAAGCAAGGUUGCAGCGAGUGGCGAAAUCAGGUUCAACGUAGAAGACUACUUGGAAAGUGAGAGAUGUAAAGAAAAGCUUGGGGAUUUUACACUCUCUGAAUACAAUGAAAAAGUGCUGCAGUAUGGAUUUCUUAUGCUAUUUGCCGCAGCGUUUCCGCUGGCCCCACUGAUCGCACUGCUGACAAAUGCUAUUGACAUGAAGGUGGAUGCCAGAAGAUUGUUGUGGACAAACAGGCGGCCUGUCGCCUUUAGAGCUGAGGACAUAGGCAUGUGGUACAGCAUUUUAGAAUUCCUUAACGUAGCAGGCGUGGUUACCAACUCAUUUUUAGUAGCAUUUACGUCAUCAUAUGGCCGUACAUGGGAGGGUGAUCCAUCAACUACUAACACAACUGAGCUGGUAUUCAACAACGCUACCAACACAACUGAACAGGUUUUCGUCAUAACUCAGCACUUAGCUGGACCGAGCAGGCUGUGGCUCAUUAUUGGAUUUGAGCACAUUGUGUUCUCAAUCAAGUUCCUGAUUGCCUACAUUAUACCCGACACACCUGCUGAUGUCAAGAUGGCGCUGUCCAAGGAAAAGUACCACGUGACCAAUAUUCUUGCCAAAGCCGGUGUACGAAAGGGGCCUGGCAACAGACUGGCGGAAUCGGCCUCUUCUUUCAAAAGUCGCGGAUUUGAGAGUGAUACUUCACUGGUGACCUCAUCAGAUGUUAAACUGACCGCCAGCGGAAGGAGACUGGACGACAGUGGAAGACUGGAAGUGGUUGUAGAAAGUUCACCAACAGGGGGUAGUGUAGGGAGACACUCGCCUACCCCACGGGGACCAGCCCGCCUUGAGCCCCUUCCGACCAGCUACACAUCUAAACACUCAAUUAGAUCGUAAUUCGCAUGUACUAUAUAUUUCGUACGUAUGUAAACCUGUUGUCCGCUAAGCGACAAAGAAAAUAGUAUCUUUGGUUGUUAAGCUUCUGUUUGCCACAGAGAUGGGAUUUCUUUAAACAGUAUUUUAUUUAUUCAAGUUAAACUGAAGACAAUAGGAAGAUGUAGUAGUCUAAAUGUAAAACUGGAAGAUAUUUUGUAAUAUUCUACCCAUACGUUUGUAAAACAAUAGGUAGCGGAUAUACGUAGAAAGAUAUAUUUAUCGUCAUUGGUAGAAGAAAAUGUCGAGGUUAAAAGCAUUUAACUGUUUUUGAAGCGUUCGGUCCAGUAUUUUAUACCAUGAAAUGAAACUCCAUUGCAUACCGCUCGUGUAAACUGAUAUGUCCUUCGAUUAAAAGCCUUUAUUUUUUCCUCG